GCAGCCUUGUUCGAGAAGGCUUGUGGCAAAAUGGAACAGGGACAAAAGAUAUCUUGGCUGGAGGACGAACUGUCGUGUCCCAUAUGUCAGGAUAUCUUCAAGGACCCUGUGUUCCCACCGUGUCAGCACAACUUCUGCUGCGCCUGUUUGAUGAGCUACUGGAAACAAAAGGGAGGGUGUGAAUGCCCAGUUUGCAGGGAGACAUAUUCCAACAGCGAGUUAAAAUGGAACCGCACACUGGCCAAUAUUGUCGACUCCUUCCUGAAGGAAGUGACCAAGGCUCGGGAGCAGGGCGAGGCAGGAGGCAUGUGUGGGCAGCACAAGGAGAUUCUGAAACUCUUCUGUAAGGAGGACGAGGAGGUGCUGUGUGUGGUUUGCCUGCACUCCAAGAGGCACGAAAACCAUAAGUGCCUUCCUUUGGAUGAAGCAGCAAAAGAGUGCAAGGAUGAACUGAAGAUACUGAUUAAAACCCUAAAAGCCAAGAUGGAGAAAUUCCUUGGGAUUAGGAAUGAGUAUGACCUGACUUUAAACCAUAUUCAGAGCCAGGCUUCAAGAACUGAAAAACAAAUCAAACAGGAGUUUCAGAAACUCCACUGUUUCCUUCAAACUGAGGAGGCGAUUCUGUUGGACAACCUUCGAAGGGAAGAAGAGAAGCAGGUUCAGUCGAUGCAGCAGAAGGUGAAGAGAAUCUCCGAGGAGAUUUCGGCGCUGAAGGCCGGCAUUCAGGCUAUUGAGAGCCAACUCAGCCAAAAAGACUCUGCCCUCUUCCUCCUGAAUCUUCCAGCAAAUAGAAAAAGGGCCGAGUGCACUCUGCCAGAUCCACCUCCGGUCUCUGCAAUGAUCAAUGUGGGACGUUACGUAGGUUCCUUGCAGUACAGAAUAUGGAAGAAAAUGUUGUCCAUCAUCAAUACAGCCCCCGUUACCCUGGAUCCGAACACUGCAGCCCCCUGGCUCCACCUCUCCGAGGACCUGACAACCAUGGGCUACUGCCUAUCCAAGCAGCGGCUACCAGACAACCCAGAGAGGUUUGACUCCUGCAUUUCAGUGCUGGGAUCGGAAGGGUUCACUUCAGGAAGGCAUCACUGGGAUGUGGAUGUGAAGGGGCAGGCUGGCUGGUGUCUAGGAGUGGCCAAGGAAUCCGUCAGAAGGAAAGGAGUCAUUAAGGUGGACCCCGAGAAUGGCUUCUGGGCCAUUGGGCUGAUGGACGGAAGUGAAUACUAUGCCUGCACAUCGCCCUGGCGCACAGAGCUCAGUAUUAGUCCCCAGGUCAUCCGAGUCUACCUGGACUACAAGGGUGGAAAGGUGUCGUUUUAUAACCUGGAGAACAUGAGCCUCCUUUACACCUUCACAGACACGUUCACUGAGAAGCUCUUUCCCUACUUCUGUCCAUGCUUGGUCCCGGACACCACCAACCUCUCAGCAAUGAAAAUCUGCCCACUCAAGGUGGCCUUACAGAAUUAAUGGUGCACUGCUAACUGCCGGAAUAAGGAGCAGCUCUGAAAUCAGGCUGAGACUGAACACACAGUGUGUAACUCCCAGAUAGUGUUGCAAUGAACUUUUGCUUAAAUCCCCUUCAGGUAUCCAAUUCAUGAAGUUCAAGUUUAUUGUCACGGGCACACAUACCCAGGGUAAGAUGCCACAAAAGUUAGCUGCUUGCAGCUGCAGUGCAGGACGUUACAAAUUUAAGUUAACAUAAACUUAAAUUAACGUAACUUACACAAGUAAACAAGAGAAACAUAAUGACAUUAAGAUAAGAUAUCUUUAUUGGUCACCUGUACAUCGAAACGCACAGUGAGAUGCAUCUUUGUGUAGAGUGUUCUGGGGGGGCAGCCCACAAGUGUCGCCACGCUUCCAGCGCCAACAUAGCAUGGCCACAACUUCUUAACCCGUACGUCUUUGGAAAUGUGGGAGGAAACCGGAGCACCCGGAGGAAACCCACACAGACACGGGGAGAAUGUACAAACUCCUUACAGACAACAGUGGAAUUGAACCCGGGUCACUGGCGCUGUAAUAGUGUUACGCUAACCGCUAGACUACCGUGCCUGCCCUGAGUGCCAUUAGUGCAAGUUGAGAGAGAGAGAGAGAGAGAGAGAAAAGAAAUACAGUUCGAUUAUUAAUUAUAUCUGGAAUUUUUGAGAAAAGCCAGUCUCAGUAAAGUGGGCAACGGCUGUCUCUGGUGAAAGUGGUUGUUCACCAGCACCCUCCAGGGGAGAGAAUCUGGCACCCGACCUGGUGACGUUGAACUACCUCCUCAGUGGGGGGAUGACCGGGGGUGGGGGGGGGGGGGUGGGCAACAAAGGUCCAUUGCGGGUCACAUCCACCUCCUGUGAACAAAUAGAUUGUAGAAAUCCACAACCUUCAUCCGUUUUGUCGGUGGGGCUGGUCCUGCGGUGGCUGUCCCAGCUCUGUGCUGGAUGCGGUGGCUCGGUACCCACUCCAGGGGUGCGAAUGCCGAGUCUGGCAGGUACUCAGGGACCACGGACGGAAUCCGCGUGGUGCAAACCCAGGCUCCGCCUGCUCAUUCAAGCAGACCCACCUAUGGCUCUUCCUGCAGAACGGGCCAUUCCUCCUGUUGUCGUGGGAAUACUUAUCCACUGGACAGACGUCCAAAUGAGGAGAGGUAGACCAUUCAGCCCCUCAUGCCUAUUCUGCCAGAAUCAGAAUCAGGUUCAUUAUCACUGACAUAUGACGUGAAAUGUGUGGUUUUGCGGCAACAGUACAGUGCAGGACAUAAAAUUACUGUAAGUUAUAUUUAAUACAAUCGUGGUUAAUCUGAUUACGACCUUAGCUCCACGUUCUCGUCCACCUCCAGUCACCUUUCUCCCUGUCGACCUCCACCUGAGAAAUAUUCAACAACUCUGCUUCCUCUGCCUAUUGAGGAAGAGCGUUCUGAAGACCCACCGCCUUCGGGAGAAACAAAAUCCCCUCAUUCUGACGUAAGUGGGUGAUCACUUACUUUUAACCAGUGCCUCCUGGUUCUAGGUUCUCCCUGAAGAUGAAACACCCUCUGCACAUCCUACAUGUCAGGACCCCUUAGGAUCUUUAUGCUUCAGUUCAUCCCCUCUCACUCUUCCAAGCUCCACUGGAUACAAGCCCAACCUCUCCGACCUUUCCUUACAAGACACCCCCCAUCCCAGAUACCAGUCCAGUGAACCUUCUCUGAGCUGCUCCCAAUGCAUUAACAAUCUUUAAGUGAUGAGGCCAGUACCGUCCACAGUGCUCCAGAUGUGAUCUCACCACUGCCCUGUACAACUGAAGCACAGCCUCCUGACUGUCAUAUUCAAUUACCAUUUGUAAUAAACAAAAAUAUUCUGAAAUCUUUCCAAAAAAAAGGAGAGAGAAAGCAAGCAGCUGUAGCCACCUCGACCAAGUUCAAGUUUACUGUCAUAGGCAGGGUAUAAACGCCAAGGAGAUUAGCUUUUUGUGGCAGCAGCACAGUACGUUACCGACAGGACAAAUGUAGGUAACAUACAUUUAAAUUAACAUAAAUUAUACAUAACUUACAUGACAACAAAAACAAAACUAAACAUAACGACACCGGUGCAAGUUGAGGGAAAUCUAGUCCAAGGUAGAAUUAGGGUUUUUCAGGUGGGUUCAAGAACCUGACGGCAGUGGGGAAGAAGCUGUUGUUGAACCUUGAGGUGUGGGGUCUUCAGGCUCCUGUACCUCCUGCCUGAUGGCAGCAUUGAGAAGAGGGCACAGCCCAGAUGAUGGGGGUCCCUGAUGAUAGAUGUCACCUUCGAGAGACAUCACCCCUUGCAGAUGUCCUCGAUGGUGGGGAGAGGUGUCCCCGUGAUGGAACUGGCUGUCCCACUGCUCUCUGCGGCCACUUGUGUCCCUUCCAUUGGAGAUCCCACACCAGGCCGUGACGCAACCAGUCAGAAUGCUUCCCACUGAACAUUAGAGGUUUGUCGGCGUCCUUGAUGACAUGCCGAAUCUCCUUAAAUUUCCAGGAAAGUAGAGCGGCUGACUCGGGCCGAAUGGCCUGCUCCUGCUUUGUGUCUAUUUAUUGGUGUUCCUGCACACCAGCCUUUUGUGAAUCACACUCGAGGACGCCCAGAUCCCUCUGCAUCUCGAAGCUCUGCAAUCUCUUGCCAUUUAGAUAAUAUGUUUUUUAAAAAAUGUUUCCUGCCAAAAUAUCAUAAAUAAAUGACUCUGCCAUUUAUUU